CUCUCUAUCAACAGUUAAACUUUGGAUUCUGGGACGAUCUACACUGUAUAGUGCAGUGUUUGUGACCUGUGCUGAGUGUGCUAGAUAUCUCCCACUGGUAAAAGCCAAGGAUGGUGGAAAGGUUGUCACGGUAACAGGCUCUUUCUCAAAGUGGGGACACAGUGAUGACUGAACGGCGGAGGAAGUCGUCUUGCAUCUGACGGACUUACUUGACAGAUGAAUGCGAUGGCUGUGCUAGGAAGAAUGACAUGUUACGAAGACAGAUGAUACACCAGACUCGUUUCUUCCCAGUCCGAACAGCAUCGUCAUAGAACCAUUGCCUAGGAAGGAGGCAGUGAGGUCAACAUGAAGCGAGUCGUGGCCUUUGGGAUCGUCUGCUCGGCAGCCAUCUUGUUUUUAGUGGUUGCGUACAGCAAGCUCUCAGAGGAUGGACUGAUACGAAGAGGUCUGACGCUAACCACAAGCAGCGGUAGCACCAAGGAAUCCUUCCUAUAUAGAAACCAGGAAGGCUUACUCUCAAAUUUAACUUUUCCAAAGCAUCCAACGCUUACAUCUGCUGAGGCAGUUAUCGAUGAGGCUUCGUCUGAUGUUUCUAGUUCCGUUGAUGAAGGAUUCGUAGAUAUUGCUAAUAUUCAGAAGGAGGUGAAUGAAGAAACGACUAAAAGGCAGAAUGAUAAUAAACCUAUUGUUAUUGUAGUAUUGGCUCAAAUGAGGACAGGGUCGUCUUUAGUCGGAGAGAUUUUUAAUCAGAAUCCGUCAAUUUUUUAUAUGUUUGAGCCACUCCAUGCCGUGGAUAGUUUUAUUCGUCACCAUUCUGCAGCAGCACUUCGGAGGCAGGGACUCUCUAUUUCUCUCCUAAGUAUGAUCACCAAAUGUAAAUUUACUCCAGAAUUUAUUGACAGUUUAUCAAAAUGGCCACUUGGAAAGGCUAAAAGCAGUGGAUUUCUACCUAUAUGCAAAGCCAGCGAUGGUUGUAGACAUGCCUCGCAUUUUCUCAUCGAAGAAAGAUGCCAGGCGUUUGGAGGUCGCAUCGGCAUGAAGACCAUUAGGGCUGAUUUGAAUAUGCUGAAACCGCUUGUUGAGAAGGACAAGGUCAAUCUCAAGGUCAUUCACCUGGUACGAGAUCCCAGAGGAACUGCUAAUUCCCGUCGGUCAUAUUACGGGGACAGGCGGAUGAGACAGCAACAGAUGUCCAGAAAGGGUAUGUCCAAACCCCAUGUGCUUCCGCAGAUGUCUUUGAAAACCCUUGGACUGCUGGAGGAGAACCCACGGUAUCAUGUCAACACCAUCAGCAAGUACUGUAAAUGGAUGAGUGAGAACAUCCCCUUGGCCAGGUCUCGACCCUCGUGGCUGGAGGAUCGCUACAUGUUUGUCCGCUACGAGGACCUGGCGCUGAAUCCUGUCACCGUCUCAGAGGAGAUCUAUGAUUUUGUAGGACUCACCAUGCCCCGUGUCAUCCAGGAAUGGCUGCGCAACAAUACCAAUCAGAAUAAUUACCAAAACAGAACCUUUGGCAUGCAGAAGAACUCCAAAGAGGUCAUGCAGAGCUGGCGCCACUCGCUACCUUACGAGGAAGUCGUCCAGGUCCAGGACAUCUGUGGGUCAGCUAUGGCCAUUAGUGGAUAUAAACAAGUGCAGAGGCCAAGCGACUUGAUGAACAUGUCUUUUAAUACAUUAGAACCUCUAUUUUAGGAUGCCAGUAAGUUUGGUGCAGCUGUGAAAAAGACAUAUUAUGAUUGGUAAUGUGUUGAAUUGCCAUGGUCAGAGUGAGCAACUUGCCAUUUUAUAGCUGCCCCCCCUUAUCUCCCUUUUUAUAGCUCUUUGUAGCUGUUUUGUUUCCCUCAUGAAAAAUGGCUAGAAAACAAUUUUCCUUAUGAAGCUAAAGCACAUGAAAUAGAUACAAAACGGCAAAUUUCCUUCUUUUUGCACAUCUUUGCUCACAGCUUUAUCUAAAAAGAAUUAUCAUUGAAUAGUCAGUACAGUAGCCAAAUCAUGAUGUACAUAACAAGUCCUUUGAAUUUUAAAUCUCUAAGAAAACAAAAUGUGGAUGUAAAUGGAAGAGUAGAUUGCCUGAAUGCUCAAUAACUAUACUUUUGUGAAAGAAGAGAGUCCAAAACGGGUAAAAAAACCCAAUUCGUUAUUUUUGGGUCUACUUGACACAACAUAUUUGUCAACAAUGGAUAAGCUUUAAUAUUGUGAUUAAUGAGGAUUUUCAGGCCUCGUUUGAGCAUUUUGGGGGCUAAAUUGCCCCCUGCCCCUGUGUAAUUUUUACCUGCUGUUUACUGCCUGAAUGAUCUGUAGAAGAGCUGCAACUGAAUGGUGCUCAAUAAAUAUACAUUUUGGGAAAGAAGAGAAUCCAAAACAAGUAAAAAAAAAUGAUCUUUUAUUUUCAGGGCAUUGAUUGCCGACAUGUACAUCUGUAACGUUCGAAAGGCUUUAAGAAUGUGGCCAGUAGGGAAUUUCAGGGCUCUCGAGCAUUUUGGUGCGAAAUUGACUCGAGCUUUUGUGCAAUUUUGUCAUAGUCCUGAAGAUCUAAAAUUUAGAUCUUCAGGACUAUGACAAAAUUGCACAAAAGCUCGAGUCAAAAACAUCAAAAGAAAUACAGUCGUACAUGUAUUUAGUAAAUAUAUGUACGACUGUAUUUCUUUUGAUGUUUUUCUACUUGGGAGAGGUUCAUAAAGGUAGGAUAACAAAAUUUUAAUAGUUCCACAUCUUUCAGACAUGCCAACCAUUCCCUUUUUAGAGUAUUUGUUCCUCUAUUUUGCCAUAAAUACACUUUGCUAUAAAUAUAUUUUUUGUAUAAUUUGUUACUUUUUUUUUAAUUUCCGAUCAUGGAGUAGGUAUUAUACCUUACACUAGCGCCUGUCCAACAGUCCCAGACUGGUAAAAGUCACUGUCGGGCCAGUAUUCUUGUUGCAUGAAAAGAACAAGUAAAUUCUUGCCUACGAGCACAUGUUUAAAAGGGUGAAUUAUCAAGUUUUCAAGCAGAGUAAUUUCACAUGUUUUUUCACCGAUCUCACUACAACAGGCUGGCGAUCGUUACAUUGAGACAAAUUAAAAAAAAAUCUUUUUUUUUUGGAAAAAAUACUUGUUUUCCUUAUGAGAAGGGUUUUUUUUGGUUGUAGAAGGUUAGCAGGUCUGACCUUUGAGCAAUUACUGCAUGCAUUUUUUUUUCUUUUUUGACCUCCAGUUUUGUAGAAAAUGGCCAUGUAGGAGGGAAAAUAAACAGAAUGGGAUAAUUGCACAAGGUGAAUAAGGGCUCUGACUUCUCUCAUGGUGCUUUGCAGGGAUGUAGUCAAGGCCGGCCUCAUGGCCACAUUUUUGGUGGCCUCGGCCUGAGUCAGAUUUACAAGGUCUAUGGACAAAGUUUUUCUCUAGUGGCCUCGUGGCUCCAGCCUUCAUUUCAUCACGGUGCUUUGAACCUUGUGCUUUUUGUGUGCUUUUUUUUUUCAUGCCCCAUAUUUUGACAAUUUUUGUGGGAAAUAAUAAUUCAUAUCAUGACUUUGAUGGUUUUCCAGUGUAUAUGCUUUGGGGCCUCUUACUUUUAUAUUCAAAGGCUUGUCAUGGGGGUUAACUUGACUUUCAGCUGGUAAUUUUUUUUAUACAAAAAUCAGCCAAAAUUUGGACGUUAUCAUGAAGUAUUCCACUCUCAAACAAUAUCCCCUUCCCUACCACCGCACGACACCCUACCCAUGGCUGUGCACAGACAAUUUACUAUGGUAUAGUGUAAAUUGUGCGUGUAGUUGUCAAGUUAAUUCAUUUGCUAAUUUGUGCUAUUAUUAUAAAGUAUUGUUCCUCUUGCAUGUGCAAUCUUAGGACAUUUUAUUUUUUUAAUUAGAAA